AUGCCUGUGGUUUCGGCGAUGUCGUCCUCGUUGCAGUAUGACACAGAACUUCCGGGAUACGGGGGGAUGGAAGCAGCUGCUAGCAUGUACGGAGAUCCCCACAGGGCAAUGGCUGCCGCUAGCCACCAACUUUCUCACGCGGGUUUGAACCACUCCAGUGCAGCACUGCAUCAACCCUACCCUAACCCGUACACAUCUUCCGCGACCACUAUGCCUGGAGUGAUGGGCGGCUCGCAGGACUCACAGAUGAAACGUGAUAAAGACUCAAUUUACUCACACCCAUUGUUUCCUCUGCUGGCUCUUAUAUUUGAGAAAUGUGAGCUGGCAACAUGUACACCCCGGGAACCUGGAGUUACCGGUGGCGACGUCUGUUCCUCUGAUUCCUUUAACGAGGAUAUCUCAGUUUUCAGCAAACAAGUUUUAGCACGCUCAGAAAAGCCCUUAUUUUCAGCUAACCACGAAUUAGACAGUUUG